AUGGGUCUCCUCACCACCGUCGCGGUGCCUGUCGAAGGGCUCGUUCGAAGCCUCCCUCUCUAUCAACUCAUCCUCCUCGGCUUCGCCACGCUCAUAGGGGCCGCCGUUGUCUCCCAUGUCACGAGACAACUGCUGUUCAAAGACAAGAACGCGCCGCCCGAGGUGUUCUCUCUCUUUCCCGUGAUCGGAAGCACGAUCUGGUAUGGCAUGGACCCGUUUGACUUCUUCUUCGCCUGCAAACGGAAAUACGGCGAUGUCUUCACGUUUAUCCUCCUCGGAAGGAAAGUCACGGUCUGCUUGGGCACGAAGGGGAACGAGUUCAUCUUGAACGGAAAGUUGAAGGAUGUCAAUGCAGAAGAGGUCUACACUGGGUUGACGACCCCAGUCUUUGGACAAGGCGUAGUGUACGAUUGCGAAAACUCCAAGUUGAUGGAGCAGAAGAAGUUUGUCAAGUUUGGCCUGACCCUGGACGCCUUCAAGUCCUACGUCGAUCUGAUCUCGGCCGAAACGAAACAGUUUAUCGAGACUUCUCCCGCGUUCAAGGGAUCGUCCGGCACCAUCGACAUCAUCCCCGCCAUGGCUGAGUUGACGAUUUAUACCGCAUCCCGGUCGCUUCAAGGAAAGGAGGUGCGGGAGAAGUUCGACUCGACGUUUGCCGACCUGUACCAUGAUUUGGAUAUGGGGUUUGCCCCGAUCAACUUUAUGCUUCCGUGGGCACCCCUCCCUCACAACCGCGCACGGGAUCGAGCACAGAAGAAGAUGGCCGAGACAUAUAUGGCCAUUAUCAAGGCCCGACGGGCUGCAGGCGGGAAGCGGGUGGAGGGCGAAGAAGAUAUGAUAUGGAACUUGAUGGGGUGUGCUUACAAGGACGGCACCCCGAUCCCGGACCGAGAAGUAGCACACAUGAUGAUCGCGUUGCUCAUGGCCGGUCAACAUUCUUCAUCAUCGACCUCGAGCUGGAUCCUCUUGCGACUGGCCACGAGGCCCGACAUUCAGGAGGAGUUACUCGAGGAACAAAAGAAAGUGCUGGGCGAUGACCUGCGGCCGCUGACAUACGAUUCACUCCAGAUGUUACCGCUGCACAGCAAAGUGGUCAAAGAGACUCUGCGGCUGCACUCUCCGAUUCACAGCAUCAUGCGCAAGGUCAAAUCGCCCUUGACCAUUGUGGCCGACACCGCCACGGCGACCAAGACGUACCAGAUCCCCACGACGCACACGCUCAUGUCGGCGCCUGGUGUGACGUCUCGAGAGUCGGAAUAUUUCCCCGAACCAAUGCUCUGGGAGCCGCAUCGAUGGGACGAAGGUCACAAGCUGGCCUACAGUCGGAUGGGAACGGAGACGGAGGAAUUCGAGGACUAUGGGUUCGGCAUGAUCAGUAAGGGGGCUUCGUCACCAUACCUCCCGUUUGGGGCCGGUCGACAUCGAUGCAUUGGAGAGCAGUUUGCCUACGUCCAACUGGGAACGGUGCUGGCGACGGCGGUCCGGCUGGUCAAACUCCGCAACCUGCCAGGUAAACAGCUGGUGCCGACGGAUUAUUCGAGUUUGUUUUCCCGACCUAUCGCCCCGGCGGUGGUGGAGUUUGAGAAGAGGACGGAGAAGGUCGAAAAAUAA